GGUCAUGAUUACGAAAUCCUCGACUUGGCUUGGUCACCGAAUGAGAAGGCUAUAGUAUCAGGAGGUGUAGAUAAGAAGGUCAUUCUUUACACAUUGAAUAUACCUGCAAGCGGUGAUGUGACUUCCCUGACUGUUGACAAAGAAGUGCUCGGUUCGCACAAACACCUUGUCCAAGGAGUUGCUUGGGAUCCGGAAGGCAUGUUCGUCGCCUCUCUCUCCAACGAUCGGUCUUUCCAUGUCUAUAAUGUGAAUAAGAAAACGCGUGCUUUCAAUGUCUCGAAGGACGAUUCCUGGCGAUCAUUUUUCCGUCGUGUGGCUUUCAGCCCCGAUGGUGCAAUUCUCGUCUGUUCCUCGGGUAACCUCGAAGCUGCUCAAUUCGCUGGCGAUAUGGGUUCUACUGCUGCUCCUGCUGCUGCUGGUGGUGGUGGUGGUGGUGUUCCACGCGAGCCCAACUCUACUAAAAGAGAUGAAGAGAAAAUGGAGGUGGAGGAGGGUGGUGCUGGAAAAGAGGUUGCAGAUAAGGAGGGAGAUGGAGAGAAGGAAAAUAAGCCGGUGGGAGCGGCAGAGAUACCGGCUGCUUCCACCCACGCUCCCCAACACGGAGCCCACAUCUUUCGAAGCGCCUGGCCCAAGACCCCGUGUGUCAGUUUGCCAACGGGUCGUCGGCCAGUCAUUGCCGUUCGCUUCUGUCCGCAACCCUUUCAACUUCGUGUUACCAAUCCAGCACCUGGGGUGGCUACGUCCAGUCUCUUCGAUCUGCCCUAUCGUUGGGUCUUCUGUCUGGUUCUGGACGAUGGUGUACUCCUAUAUGACACCCAACAGUCUCAUCCAUUUGCUCAGGUAGGCUAA